UGAAAAAGGAAGAGAAGAAAUUAAAAUGAAGUUAGAGAGCGUAGUGGUUUCAGCAGCCAUUAAUUUUGGCUUAGCUAUUUUCAUUCUCUCUCUCUUUGCUUUACUCAAAAAACAACCUUUCUAUGCUCCCAUCUAUUAUGCACGCCGCUUCUACCUAGGCCACCGUAAUGUUCCUGAUUCCGACCACCGUUCUUUUAGUUUCCGGCGAUUGCUUCCGGAGAUCGACUGGAUUUUUCGUGCCGUUCGGGUUACUGAGGAGGAGAUUCUACAGAAUUGUGGCCUUGAUGUCCUCGUCUUUGUUAGGCUCUUCAAAUUUGGGAUCAGAUUCUUUCUUGUUUGUUCUAUUGUUGGGCUUCUGGUUCUUCUCCCGCUAAAUUAUACUGGGAGUAAUGGACCAAAUACGAGCUCUCAUUCCAUGGAUGCUUUCACAAUAUCUAAUAUCAGCAGAGGCUCUGACAGGCUUUGGGUGCAUUUUUCUUUCUUGUGUUUCGUCUCGUGUUAUGGAAUGUACCUACUUUACAAGGAGUACAAUGACAUUUUUAUCAAAAGGAUUCAGCAGAUAUGUAACAGAAGGUGCGAACCUGAACAAUUCACCAUUCUGGUUCGAGAAAUUCCAUUUUGCAAUGAGCACAAUAUCCGUGGGUGCAACGUAGACCACUUUUUUUCCAAACAUCAUCCCUAUUCAUAUCAGUCAUUUGAAAUCUUAUAUGAUGGGAAGCAUCUGGACAAGCUACUAUGCCAGGCAAAGUCUCUCACCAAAAAGAUUGAGGACCUGAGGCAUCUUUCUGCUCUUAAGAAACAUAGUAGAUACGAUGCUAAAAUAGAGCAGCUGGAGGACAUGCUUCAAACCCUUGGUCGUGAAAUAAGACGUGUACAAUGCAGAAUGACGAUUGAGCAGAAGGAAUUGCCUGUGGCUUUUGUUACAUUUAGUUCACGAUGGGGCACAGUUCUAGCUGCGCAAUCUCAACAGCACACAAAUCCACUCCUCUGGAUCACUGAAAUGGCUCCAGAACCGAGAGAUGUGAUCUGGCAAAAUUUGGCAAUUCAAUAUCGUCAUUUGCCACUGUACAGGAUAGUGAUACUUGUUGCAGCAUCACUACUUACCAUCUUCUUCGUGUUACCAGUCACAGCUGUUCAGGGAAUUGCCAAAUAUGAACGCCUGAAGAAAUGGUUUCCUCCUGCGAUGGCUGUGGACUUGAUACCGGGGUUAAGGUCCAUCGUCACAGGAUAUCUUCCUAGUGCCAUUCUUAAUGGUUUCAUAUACAUUGUUCCAUUUGCCAUGAUUGGGCUGGCAAGAUUAGCUGGUUAUAUCUCACGGAGUAAGAAGGAUUUAAAUGCAUGCAACAUGGUGUUCUACUUCCUGGUAGGGAAUGUAUUUUUCUUAAGCUUGUUGUCAGGAUCUUUACUAGAUCAACUCGGCGAAUCUUUCUCUCAUCCCAAGGAUAUUCCAAACCGUCUUGCUAGUGCCGUCUCUUCUCAGGCAGAUUUCUUCGUGACGUACAUCCUGACAAAUGGGCUGGCAGGAUUCUCUUUAGAGAUACUUCAGCCAGGAUUACUCCUAUGGGAUACUCUAAAAUUUUACACAUGGGACCGUGGAAAGAAGAAACAUCCUUAUGUUUAUUCACUACCUUAUUAUAGAAUUGUCCCUUUUGUUGCUCUCUGCAUGCUGAUUGGGAUUGUCUACGCAGUGGUCUCACCUUUGCUUCUUCCAUUUCUAGUAGGCUACUUCCUGCUUGGAUAUGCGGUGUUCAUCAACCAGAUUGAAGAUGUGUAUAUAACUACAUACGAGACAUGUGGUCUGUAUUGGCCAUACAUUCAUCACUACAUUAUAGUUGCGAUCAUACUUAUGCAAGUCACAAUGAUCGGUCUUUUUGGAUUGAAAGCCAAGCCCUCAGCUUCGUUCUCCGUUAUCCCUCUCAUGGUCAUCACUAUUCUCUUUAACGAAUAUUGCAAGAUUCGAUUUCUUCCUACUUUCAACCAAGUUUCAGUUCAGGAUGCCAAAAAUAAUGAUGAUCUUGACAAGAAGGAUAGAUUGGAGGAGGAGAAUGUCCGUAAGGCUCUUGAUGCUUAUUCUCCUCCAUGUUUGCGGCCCUUGGACCUCGGGUUGGAAGGAACGAGCUCUACGAAGCCAUUUCUAUCUCCAACAUAGAACAUGUUGUCUUCUCUCUUUUCUUCCCAGGUUUGCUUGUACUCUGAUGUCUUGACAUUUUUGUUAUGAGUGUUUGUGUCAACAUCUACAUUGUCAAAUUACACGACGAGAAAGUAAACAUAAAUUACACUACAAGGCUCAUCCUUGUUAAAGCGGCGCCAUUUUAGAAUUUUCUGUUUGAUAUUUUUAA